CCUUGCUUUGCUCUUCUUGUUGCAGAUAGACUCCUCCCUCCCUUCCCCCCCCCUUCACACUUGCAACACACAUACGCUUAGCAUGGCUAUCAUAUCAAAAGAGACCCUGCCACCGUUUGGCCAUGCUGUGGCCGGAUCAGCUGGCGCCAUGUUCGCCUUGUCUCUGGUCUACCCUCUCGAUAUCAUCAAAACUCGUAUUCAAGUCCAAGCAAAACACGAAGGUCUGGAUGAUAAGGAACAGGAACACUACACCUCAGCGCUCGACGGUAUCACACAGAUCAUGCAGAAGGAGGGCCUUGCUGGCUUAUAUGCCGGUUUGGGCUCUUCGUUGAUUGGAACAGCCUCGACCAACUUUACAUACUUUUACUGCUACUCGUUGGUUCGCGACCUCUACAACAAAAACUACAAUCCUGGCGGUGGCACCCUUUCAGCUGCCUUGGAGCUUCUUCUUGGUGCAGCAGCCGGUGCUAUGACGACACUCGUGACGACGCCGAUUGCCGUUUUAACCACUCGCCAACAGACUUUGCCUAGCGACGAACGUCAGGGCGUCUUCGCCACCUGUGCGACAAUCUUGUCCGAGGAAGGCAUUGCUGGCCUGUGGAAGGGUAUCCGUCCCUCCUUGAUUUUGUGCGUCAACCCGGCUAUCACUUACGGCAGUUUCGAAAAGAUUAAGCAGUUUGUACUUGAUGUCCUCCAAAGAAAGAUGACACCUGCCACUGCUUUCCUUGUCGGUGCUAUCAGCAAGACGCUCGCCACUGUCGUCACGUACCCAUACAUCAUGGCCAAGGUUCGCCUACAGUGGAAGCCAUCAAAGGAAAUUCAGGAUAAGGUGGAACCCUACAAGGGUGCAGGUGAUGUGUUGGCACGAGUGCUCAAGAGUGAUGGUUUCUUUGGCUGGUACAAGGGCAUGAGCACUCAGAUCUUCAAGGCUGUUCUCUCGCAAGCCUUGCUGUUCAUGAUGAAGGACGUUUUCACCAACUACACCGUUAUGGCAUAUGUUUUAUUACUCAAACUCGCCCGACGAAAGCUUGCAGCAUAGAUGUAGAAAGCUACUACUAUACAUUUCAUUCCCCGCUUCUGGCCGUUCUUUCGGCUAUGUUGUUAUAUAGACUUGGCUUACCUUCCCUUACUACUCCACAAACCCUCUUCCUUUGUCAUACAUACACAUACCGCUCCCAAAAUUUGCUAUGUUCGUUUUAUUCAAUAUUACACGUUGAUCUGUUCUUGUUUUAGGAGUGGGUCGGAUUUAAGCUAUACAUAUGAUGUACACGUUUUUAUGGCUG